AUGUGUUUGAGCAGUGGAAUGGGUGGAAUGAGGUGCGAGCUCAAGGUAGAAGUGAAGAGAAAAGAGGUGGUAGCGGCGGUGUUGCCAUUGCAGGAGCAUUGGCUGCCCCUCUCAAACCUGGACUUGCUCCUUCCCGCUCUGGACGUUGGCGUUUUCUUCUGCUACAAAAAGCCACCGACGUCCAUGACCAUGCCCAUGCCCAUGCCCAUGGCAUGCACGAUGAUGAUGAUGACGACGAAAGCAGCUGGUAGUCAUCAUCAUGAAUUCGCUUCCAUGGUCAACGUUCUCAAGAAAUCACUUGCUCAAGCUCUCGUGCCCUACUACUUGUUUGCCGGGGAACUGGUUCCCAACUCUGCUGGUGAGCCGGAGCUGCUCUGCAACAACCGUGGAGUCGAUUUCAUCGAAGCUUAUGCGGAUGUGGAUCUCUGCCACAUCGACCUCCACAAUCCAGAUGCCACCGUGGAAGGGAAGUUGGUUCCCGAUAAGCACUCCGGCGUCUUCUCUGUUCAGGCAACGGAGCUGAGAUGCGGAGGGAUAGUUGUUGGUUGCAAGUUCGACCACCGGAUAGCAGAUGCGUAUUCAACCAACAUGUUUUUGGUUGCAUGGUCCGAAAUUGCUCGACUCAAAUCAACUUCUCUCAUCCCAUGUCUCCGCCGUUCACUUCUCAAUCCAACACGUCCAUUGCGCUAUGACCCAUCCAUUGAUGACAUGUAUGUUCCUCUAUCCAAGUUGCCACCACCGCCACCUGCAGAAGAUGUUGAUGAUGAUGAUGACCUUAUGAUCAGCCGCAUCUAUUAUGUCACUGCCAAGGAUAUUGAAUGGCUUCAGUCGCAGGCCAGCAGCUCACCUAAUCAAGCAGCAGAGAAGAAUAAGCAAGCUCGAGUCCUUUAGUGCAUUGUUAUGGCAAAUCAUAGCUAAAAGCGUUUGUGAUGAUGGAGGUAAUAGUAAUACUAAUAAUAAGAGAUGUAAGAUUGGCAUCGUAGUUGAUGGAAGAACGAGACUAGGCAGCAG